AGCGCUAGUGUCGCUCCACCUGUCAAACGGUGACAACUUUAACAGCAGUGGGUGUCGCGACUGUUAAUGUUAGACUGUGUGUCAUACUAACAAAUGUACACCGUGGAGAUAAAUAAGCAGAGCCUGACUGCAGUAAUGGACCACGAAAAAACUAUUUGGAUAAAAGAGGAAACAAGUGAGAUAUCAAGUUCACCAGGCUCCAUUGUCCAGGUAUACCCCUCUAGUGUGAAAAUAAAGGAAGAACCACAGGAGACUGGGAAUAAAGAGUUACUUCAAGAUCCAUUAAAAAUUGAGGCUCCAUUUUACAACACAAAGGAAGAUCCAGGACUGAAAUUGAAUGUGAGUCUCUCUGAACAUAGUUAUCUGGAAGACCCAUUGAUAGCCUCGGGGUCCACUGAUCAUAUUAAGGAGGAUUCAGUACUAAAUUUAGGAGCAGAAGAAAUUGAGACUUUUAUGUUCAGCAAUCCCGAAUACGAUCCUCUGGGAGUUAAGAUGGAGGAGGUGGAAGCCUCAACAAGAUAUGCAUCUGAUAGUGCAAGAUUGACUCAGACUACUGGUGGGAGCUGUGGCAUAUCAUGUGGAGAAAUUUAUCACCAUGGGCUGGUCCAGGAUGAUUCGGUGAUAUAGGAGAAGUCAACACAUGAGUUUGGUACAGAAAAUGUGACUAUUGACAAG